CGCUGUUGCAUAUAAUAGUAGUCCUUUGUUUUUCUUUCUUUUUUAAAAAAAUCUUCAUUGAUUACGGUUGUUAAACAGUCACAACUAAGCUAUUGUAGGUUAUUUACUUUUAUUUCUCCCUUAUUUUAAUGAUCUCGAAACGACAUGUUUAGAUUCCGGAGCUGACUAAUAUCAGCUGCUCAUGCCCAGUCAUGUUCCUCCGGAGCGGUAGAGGGCGCUGCGGCUGCUCUUCGGGUUUCCGUGGCAUUUCCUGCUAAGCUGCGCGGAGCUCUGUGAGGAUGUUCUUGGUUCUGAAGGAGCGGGUCGGGGAGAUUUUGCUUCCCGGAGAUGAGUUCUGCUGUGGCCCCAAAGACACCCUCCCUUUGACGGACAGCGGGAAGUCAGAGCGGCUGGUGGCCGGGCCGGGGCUGCGGCGGAGUGGCGACCGUCUGCUGUAUGUCCCAGCUAAAGGAGAGACGGUGAUCGGCAUCGUCACGGUGAAGUCCGGCGAUGUUUUCAAGGUGGACAUAGGUGGAAGUGAGGUGGCGUCUCUGUCCUACCUUGCCUUUGAGGGCGCCACCAAGCGGAACCGACCCAACAUCCAGGUGGGCGAUCUGCUGUUGGCCCAGUUGGUUGUGGCCAAUAAGGACAUGGAACCGGAGCUGGUCUGCAUUGACGGGUCGGGCCGGGCCAACGGGAUGGGCGUGUUCGGAACCGGAGGGCUGCUCAUCAAGGUGUCUCUGGGCCUGGUCCGAAGGCUCCUGGCGCCCCGCAGUGACCUCCGGGCCGACCUGGAGCAGCUGUUCCCCUGCGAGCUGGCGGUGGGGAUGAACGGCCGGGUCUGGGUCCGGGCCGGCGCCGUCCAGCAGACUCUGGUUCUGGCCAACCUGCUGCAGAGCUGCGACGCCAUGACGGCGCCGCAGCGUCAGCAGCUGUUCCGGCGCCUCCAGCAGGGGGCGUUCUGAUUGACUCAGAGCGGCAGCCAAUCACAGCCCUGCUGGGCCACUUACUGGUUCUAAAAGGUUUUGUUCAGAUCGGGUUCUUUGAUCACAGGAAGAGCUGACCCGCAUCAUGUUUGGAUCAGAACCAUGUGACUCGUCUCCAUGGCGACAGAGAAAAAUACCUGCAGCUAAAGUUCUGGACCCAGUUCGGAUCUGAGCCGGUCACACAACCCGGUUCUGGUCACAUGACCCGUUACCACGGAGACCAGCAGCUGUAAGAACCCAGGCUGGUUUGUUUUUAAAUCGGUGAAUAUUUCUAAUAAAUAGAUUUAUUUUUAUCUGUAAACUUCAGUGGUUCAGUUCUCGACGCUAACGGAUCAAAUUAAUAAUGAAAAUGAGCUGCAGUGAAGAUGUUGACCCGGUUCUGGAAACCGCUCAGAACCAGACCCAACUGUACCAGCAGGGGAAACGGGUCCAGUUCCGGACCAACAGAACCUGUACCAAAACUGACAUAAUUAAAAAUAAAAAUCAGAAAUUUAUAAAAACCCAAAUUAAUAAAUCAAUGCAUAUUAAUGCACCAAUUAUUUCUGUAUUUCUGCUUUUUUAUCAGUUUUGGAAACAGAAAAUGGAUAAAGCAUCAAAAUAAAGACUUAUGGGAAGAAAAUAGAGAUAAAUCUGAGUAAAAGCAAAAAUUAAAAUGUUAAUAGCAAAACUUAUAUUUACCAAGUUUCCUGGAACUAAAAAAAACCCAGUAAUUUAUAAAACGAGUUAAAGUUCCUCUUUGGAAUUGGUGCAUUUUAAGUGGCUUUAUUAACUGCUUUUGUUUUUAAUUAUGUCAGUUUUGGUUUUCCAUAUCUAGCGUUAAACCAACCAAUAAGCAAAAGGUGACGCCCUUAAACCCCGCCCCUCAUUUGCAUAAUGAGGCAUAAAUGCAUAAGGUAACAGGAGACAGAAAAAUGUUAACAGAAGACAUGGAAAAAAAACUGUAAAAAUAAUUCUUAUAUUGUGUAUUUAAAUAUUAGUUAUUGAACUAACCUGAAAUACAUUCCUUUUAAUCCUUUUUAAUAUUAAAUAUUGUUUGUUAUUCAGGCUGUUCAUAUAUUUCAUCGGUUCCGAGCCUCCGUACCCAGAACCAGUCCAGUUGCUGUGACUGUCGCCCCCUGCUGGUCUCUGCUGAGGAAUGAGAAAUGCUCAGGACUCACUUUGAUUUUUUAAUCAACAUUCUGGUUCUGACCCAGUUUAAGGCACAUUACAGGUGAUUGUUCCACACAGUUUGGUCUGCAGACAGGAAGGAGAAGCAGAGACACAUUCACACUGAUCGAUCGGACGACCCGGUCCGGUCCACAUGAUCGAUAAGCUCUUUGGUACCAACAGCUGCAGGAAGGAGCCUCAUUCUAAAUCAAUCAAUAAUCAUCAGAUCUGCUAAUCACACACUGAAAAAAUGGACCCAGUUCUGGUCCAGAUGAGAUCUGACUAUCUAUCACACAUCCGCCUGGAGUUUGGACUGGGUUCUGAAUAUAAUCUGAGUUAUUCUAAUAAAAACCGGAACCAGAUCCAAUUUGAGAGGUUCGGUCCGGUCAGGUUCGGUCCGGUCCAGUCACAGUUUCCAGGUUCUCCCAGAACGCUUGGUCCAAAUGAAACCAGGUCUGGUUCUGUUUGGUUCCAGAGCGAAGAGCAGAGCCCGGUGACAACCUCCAGAACUCGGUUCUUUGGUACCCGCUUCAGGUUCUGGUUCGGCUGGUUCUGAACCAGAACUUUCAGCCUCUCGUCACCAAGCAGAACCUCCUGGGUCCAACAGAACUGUUCUGUCAGAGAAGCUGACCAAUCA